AGAAGAAAACAUGAAAAAUCAACCGCUGUACUUGAACUGGUAAUAAUAAUAAAUUUCUCCCAUUUUCAAAAAAACACGAAGUAGUAAAUAAUUUCCAUUUUAAAAACCUCUGUUUGUCCUCUCUCUCUCUCUCUCGAUCGGUACAAAUUACAAACUGUGUUGCUGGUGGUGUCAGUUGUGUGUGUCUGUUUCCGACUGAAAUCAAAUCAAAAGUGUGCGAUUAAUAAGAGCUUCCAUCAAUCGGCAUCUUUUUCUGUUCCGUUCUCGAAAUUGAAUGGAAGCUAUCAGAAAACAAGCCUCCAAGCUUCGAGAACAAGUCGCUCGCCAACAACAGGCUGUGCUGAAACAGUUUGGGGCUGGGGGAUAUGGAGGUUCGGAUAAUAUGGUUACUGAUGAGGUAGAGCUUCAGCAACAUCAGAAACUUGAGAAGCUUUACAUAUCGACACGUGCAGGAAAGCAUUAUCAAAGGGAUAUUGUCCGUGGAGUAGAAGGUUAUAUUGUUACUGGAUCAAAGCAAGUUGAAAUAGGAACAAAGUUGUCAGAAGAUAGCAGGAAAUAUGGUUCAGAAAAUACAUGUACCAGUGGUAGUACCUUAUCAAGAGCUGCACUAAAUUAUGCACGUGCCCGUGCACAAAUGGAGAAGGAACGUGGGACCUUACUAAAAGCUCUUGGCACACAGGUUGCAGAGCCCUUAAGAGCAAUGGUGAUGGGUGCUCCUUUGGAGGAUGCUAGGCAUCUUGCUCAACGUUAUGACAGAAUGCGACAGGAUGCUGAAGCCCAGGCUAUUGAAGUUUCUAAACGCCAGGCAAAAGUUAGGGAAACACCAGGCAAUGCUGAGAAUGCUAUGAAACUGGAAGCAGCUGAAGCAAAGCUGCAAGACCUAAAGUCAAACAUGGCCAUAUUGGGGAAGGAAGCAGCUGCAGCAAUGACUGCCGUUGAAGCACAGCAACAGAGGUUAACCCUCCAGCGUCUUAUAGCUAUGGUUGAAGCAGAGCGUGCCUACCACCAAAGAGUGCUCCAAAUACUUGAUCAUCUUGAGGGAGAGAUGAUAUCAGAACGGCAGCGUAUUGAAGCCCCUCCUACUCCUAGUGUGGAUAACAACAUGCCACCACCUCCAUCAUAUGAAGAAGUGAAUGGUGUCUAUGCUUCUCAGGAACGUAAUGGCGUAACAGACAGUAUGGGCUACUUCUUAGGAGAGGUUUUAUUUCCUUAUCAUGCUGAGUCUGAAAUUGAGCUGAAUUUAUCAGUUGGGGAUUAUAUUGUCAUUCGAAAGGUGACAAACAAUGGAUGGGCUGAGGGUGAAUGCAAAGGGAAAGCAGGGUGGUUUCCAUUUGGUUACAUUGAAAGGAGGGACCGAGUCCUUGCAAGCAAGGUUUCUGAAGUGUUUUAAAUUUUCCUAUUGGGUUGGUUUAUUGACCUAGGGAUUUUGUAUGUGUGUCAUGUGUUGGUAUUGUGAAUAGCAAUAGAUAAUGUGUUUUUAUCUAUGUAGCACAGACACUUGCGAUUUAAGGCAUGUCUGGUGUUCGGCGUGUGUCAGUGGUAGACACCAACACGACAAAUGAAUGUGGUUAUCUUCAAUCACUUUUAUUUUUUCUAUUUAGUAUCCGUGUCUACUGUCGGAAUCGUGUUUGCCUAUUUGUGUCUUAGCUUCAUAGCUUAGCAUACAACAAAUUGAUUUGUGAUAUAGCUGACAACUUUUUCCAUGUGAUUAUCAGUCGAUAAAAGAUUGUCUUGUUGUUCAUAGC